UGAAGCUUACAGCGUAGGCUUGUUUAGUUGUUUCGCUGUUGUAGUGACAGUUCAAUUCAACAAUUUUUUAUUUCCAGUAGAUAAAGUGUUAUCAUCCAUGGAUGAGUAAGCCUGUUCAUACUUGUUAUAAGGUAGAUUUUAAAGAGUUUCGUGAAAACGUUCGUUGGUUUGGAAAGGUAUUCGUGCAUCAUUUAAUCUCUCGAGAUUAGAAGGCGAAAUUGGGCGUUAUGUUGUCACGACCAUUUAUUUCGUUUCUGAACUAUGUCAUUUUUAUCUCAGUCAGCCUUCAGUGCUCGCCUACAAAAUUCAUUUCACUAUUUUUAGAAAUUCUGCGUUGACCUGAAAUACGUAAUCAAACAAGUAUCAUUAUUCAAACAUGGUGUAUACCGAGGCACACAUGACUUCCAUGCGCGGGGAGCUUGAAAUAGUGCAGAAGGCCCUUAAGCUUCAAACGAAAAGAUGUCGUCAGCUGGUUGCCGAGUACACCAGGCGAUUGCAGGAGAAAGAAGUUCAGUAUCAAUCGGAAAAAGCGCUGAGGGAUGACCAGUUAGCUAAGGUCCUGAGGGCGCUUUUGAUCUUCGAAGCCCGCCUGAAGCAAGAGCAGAAGUACAUCAGCCACCAACUGAACGAAAAAGACUACAUCAUCAAGAAACAAAGCAACGACAUCAAAAAACUGCUCUCCAACCAGUAUUGUAAAAAUUGCAACCAGUAUUAUACCUCGAGCCCCAUCCAAGAGAGUUUAGAAAGUAGCUCAGAAUAUGUGGUAACCGACUAUCAGUCUUCUAAUUUUGAAUCUUUGGAUAGUAGCAGUGAAACCUAUGCUUUGAUGUCAGAGAAAGAUUACAAUAAGUCUGAGUGUUCAUACCAAACAUACAACGAUGAUAUUUCUAAGUCUGAAACUGAGUCUGUGAAAAGUCUCUAUCAGAAGAAUAGAAAUAAGGAUUCCUUAGGAAGACGGUCGAGGAAGAUACCUCACAGAAAAAGCAUUGGGACAUACUUUGAAGUACUUAAAUUAAGAAACGAUAACAACAGUCCAAUGUCUAACGAAGAUAAUACAAGCAACGAUUACGAACAUUUAGAUUCGUUACCACCUGAGAGCCUUACUGAUAAAAUCAGCGAAAUAUCAGGAAAUAUCGAGUCGAUCUUCGAAAAGAACCAACAUCUCACUGCUGGAACUGAAUCUAGUACAAACAUAUCAACUUCUGAAUGCAAUAACACAGUAAUCAACAAGUAUUUUUCUGACCAGUCAUCAGAACCAACGAAGCUAGACAACCAAGAACCAAGUGAGACUAAGGAGAGGAAACUCUCAGAUACCAUCCCCGUGUUUGAAGCAGAUGAAGAGACAAAUGACAACUGGUACGCCAGUGCUAGUGAUCAAGAAGACGAGGAGCACAGAGAUAUUUACAGGAACAAUCCGGUGUUAGAAUGCAUGAAUCAAAUUCUGCUCCAGAAUAUCAACGAUCCAUUGAAUUCACCACCUAAGACCCCGAAUAUUGAAAGGAAGUCUAUGAAAAACAAGCGAGUUAAAUUCAGCGAUGAAGAACAAGAUACCAAGCCGGAGGGAUGCUCGGACUUGAAAGAAGAGAAUUUAAAAAAGAGGGAUGACGGCUCCAACCAUGACUACUACGAAACUCCAGUGCAAAAAACUCCAAACUUCUACGAAACACCCCAGAGUAUAUAUAGUAAUGACUAUGAACAGAUUUUGAGUAGGCGCAGUGAAAUUUCCACUGGUUCUCCGCCCAAUGGCGGUCUGAAACCAAGAAAAGUGGAAACACCUUCAAGUCACUACUAUAUAGACAUGGAUAGUAGGAGCGAUGAGGGAGACAACAAACUGGCGAGAAAAUUGAAAAUAUCAAGAACUCCGCCUGCUUUACCACCAAAACCAGCCAACCUAACGUCAAAAUAUAAAAUACAAAACUCUACUACUAAAGCACCUUCUGAAAAGAGCGAUGAAAGCGUUCUAGAGUUUGAACCAGAUUACUGUUCAAUAUCAGAACUAAAUUUACCUCAACAGAAGAAUGUUUCAUUUCAGAAAAUCAGUGUAGUGGCGGAAAUUAAUGCACCUUCUUCACUGGAUGUUCUAAAUAAGUUAAAGCCUCCAGGAGACAGCAAAACAGAAGUAGAGGGCAAACCAACAAAAUCUGAGAUCGAAAGUAAACUCGAAACGCCCAAGACGUCACCUGCUAUUGAAAACAACAGAAAUUCAGGUUCAUUGAACGAGAAGCUUGACAAUUUGAACAAGAAAGAGAGCAAGAUUGAUACUUUAAGCAAACUAUCUACACAUAAUGACAAUAAGGAUGACUUCCUAAACAAAAUGAAUCCACUGAAUGACCCCAAGAUGCUUGCUUUGAGUAAGAUUAAGUUUCCUAACGAAAAAAAUAUUGACAUUCUAAGCAAGCUGAACACUAAUAAAGAGAACAAAAUCAAGGAAAAGAUCGCAGAUUUCAAUCAGAUAAACGAGAGCUUAAUCGUGAAAAAGUGCGUAGAGAAGUUGAACAUUCAACUAGCUAAACAGACACCAAUUAAAUCAGAAGUGAAUUUGAAUACAUCGAAAAGGAACGAACCUGAAAUUCCAAAGUUACCACAGGUGUCAGAAAUAAUAAUACCUGAUGAAAAUGAAGAAAAAAAGGAAGAGCGUAUAACCCAAGACAAUUACGUGAAAAACAACUCGCAAAUUUUCAAGUUGAGUAAGACAGGCCGGAAUGACAUACCUCGUAGACCUAUUGUUAUCGGUUCUUCUGUAUCUAGUCUCAUCUCAGAGUUCAACAAUCAACAAAUAUUGUCGGAAUUGAAGAAGAAACCGGAUCGCAAAGUAAAUCAGCAUAUGUUUUCUAGUUUUGAUAAAAGUCAAAACUAUGAUAAACAAGCAUCCGUCAAGGACAAUACACUCGAUUCCUCAAAAUUUGAAAGCUUUGAUUUGAGUCAGAAUUUUGAGGAGUUCAAACUGGACGAGUGUGACAUAGAAGAAUAUAAAGUGGACGAAGAUCUAAGAAGCGAAUCUUCAGGAAAGUCGAUCGAGAAACCCACAGACGUUAUCACAUCGACUCCUAGAGUUGAAAUUGUUAGAGCUACAAAUGAUGCCUUGACCCCUCAGCUCAGCAGGAAUUCCAUAGAGAUGCUCAGAAAGCAGUUAGAGCAGCAGAAAAGCCAAAUUCACAGUGAGCAACCCAAAGAGAAUACCGGGUUCAAAGGAACUGAACCAACGUAUGAGCAUUUCUUAGAAUGUACUGGGCUUAGUUCUAAGUCCAUUUUAACACCUUCUAGGUUACUGAGCAAUCAUAAGAGUAUGUUGAAACCAAAAGACGUGAAACUACGGUCGAAAGUCAGGAAUAGCAACGGGAUUAUAUUUGACAGACAUGCAAAUCCUUCAGUCAAGUACUGGUCAGAACCAUACGUGUAAGAUUUGUAAAUAAUUAUGCGUGGAUACCACAAGACACACAUCUUCUAUCUCUUUCUAAGACACGUAUUCCACGCUUCUCGCGCUUCUCUCUCGUACACAUUACGACGUCACUGGUAUAUGGUUUUCACUGUAUGUAACUAGAUUGUAUUAUUGUGACAGUAACAUGUUUUAGAUGCCGAUCUAGGUGUCAGCUUAAUACUCCCCACUUAUAUUUUGAGUUCAUCCAACGAAGAUUGUUUUUCCCGUCUUAUAAUAUUUUUUAAAUAGACUUAAAAAGUGAAUAUACAUCAGUAGGACCAAUAAUUUUCAGCAACAAAUGCAUUUGAAACACUGGAAUCAAUUCAAAUAAUCAACUAAAUGUUCUAAUGACAGCUUCACCAUUAUCAAAGUCUGAAGUAUAAAUAAUAUAUUAUGUAUUAUCAAGUGGUUAGCAUGUAUAUAUUUUGUUAUGAUAGCUGUAUUUAUCUUACUUUUUGCAUUGUAUUCAUAAUUAUGUUUCUUUUUUAUUUAUUUUACAUAUUUAAACAUGUAAUACGAUUUAUACUAUAGCGUUCUAGUAUAUUUUUUGUGUUUUGGAAGAUGCUUUUAAAUAAGUGUGUUAAUUCCAUUGCGCAAAAUAAUUUUUCUAUUAAAGUUUAUAUUUAUUUGUACAGUAUA